AUUAACCACACCAACGUAUGAUAAACCCUUCUUCAACCUGUCAUUAUACAACUAUUAUACUGACGAAGACGUACAUUACAGUCUCCUCCACUUCAGAGAUGCCUGAUUAAUCUCGUGUUCGUGUUGAUGGAGAAAUUGAUAUUCGUUAAACACCUUCACGCUCGGUUGAUCAGAACUCAUCUUCACACUGACCCAUCAUCGAUAUUUCCCGUAAUCCAAUCAUAUUCACUUCUUUCAAACAAUCUGCACAGAACCCAUUUCGUAUUCGAUCAAAUUCAAAGACCCACGUUGCCAAUUUGGAACAUUGUGAUACGAUGCUUCUCACAGAGCAAUCAACCUGCUUUUGCACUCCAACUGUUUGACGAAAUGCGUGAACGAGGAUUAAACGGAAAUAACCUGACUUCAAUACACGUUUUGAAGGCUUGUUGUCGGGUUCAAGAUGUUGGGUUUGGAGGGAAAGUUCACGCUCAUAUUUAUAAGAUGGGUUUUGUAUCAUAUCUUUAUGUCUGUAAUUCUUUGAUUCAUAUGUAUGGUUCUUGUGGACAGUUGGAUUGUGCGAAGAAGGUGUUCGAUGAAAUGCCUGAGAGAGAUUUAGUUUCUUGGAAUUCAGUUAUUUGUGCGUAUAGUCAAUGUAACAGGUUUAAAGAGGUUUUGAGUCUUUUUGAUCGCUUGCGUGACGCUGGUUUGAUCCCUGAUUCGGUAACAAUGGUGAAGGUUUUAUUAGGAUGUAUCAACAUAGGUGACAAGAGUAUUGCAGAGUCUAUGGUUAAAUACAUUAAAGAUAAUAACAUUGCGAUUGAUGUUUACCUUGGAAACACGUUAAUCGAUUUACAUGGACGGUAUGGUUCGGUGGUGUUGGCAAGAGAAGUGUUUGAUCAAAUGAACGAGCGAAAUAUAGUUUCGUGGAACGCUAUGAUCUCGGGUUAUGUUAAAGCGGGUGACUUGAUUCAAGCGAGAAAACUAUUCGAUUUAAUGCCAAAACGGGAUGUCGUUUCGUGGACGACUAUGAUCACUGGCUACUCUCAAAGUGGUCGGUUUUCUGAUUCGCUGAGUCUCUUUCUUGACAUGAUGAAAACGAAUAUCAAACCCGAUGAAAUCACGAUCGCUAGCGUGCUCUCCGCUUGUGCGCGUUUAGGAUCAAUCGACACGGGCAAAUCUAUACACGACUACAUCCGUAAAAACAACGUAAAACAGGACUUAUACGUCGGGAACGCUUUAAUCGAUAUGUAUUGCAAAUGUGGUUCAACCGAGAACGCACUUAAAGUGUUUGAUAAAAUGCCGAUAAAGGAUUCGGUUUCCUGGACUUCGGUCAUUUCCGGGCUCGCGGUGAACGGAAAUGCCAUUUACGCGCUCGAGCUGUUCUCAACGAUGUUAACGGAGAACGUGCAGCCAACUCAUGGAACGUUCGUAGGGAUAUUACUUGCGUGUGCGCAUGCUGGUAUGGUAGAUAAAGGGUUGGAGUAUUUCGAAAGCAUGAAACGCGAUUAUAAACUAAAACCGCAAAUGAAGCAUUACGGAUGUGUCGUUGAUAUGUUAAGCCGAUCGGGGAAGGUUGAUAGAGCAUACGAGUUUAUGCUACAAAUGCCGAUAGCCCCGGAUGUGAUAAUAUGGAGGAUAUUAUUGGGUAAUUGUAAGCUUCAAGGAAACAUGGUUCUAGCUGAAAUUGCAAGUAACAAGCUACUUGAGUUAGAUCCUUGUAAUAGCGGGAAUUAUGUUUUGUCGUCGAACGUUUAUGCUGGUGCGGAGCGAUGGGACGAUGCUAUGAAAAUGCGAACGUUGUUGAACGACGGGGAUGUGUUGAAACCGACUGGGUGGAGUUCUUUGCAUCCAAACAACUGAAUAACAAAAGGAUAUUUAACUCUUUAUUGUAACAUAGAGAUAGAUGUUUCAUGUUUGUAUAGUAUUUUGAUCCUUAACAAAUAUUUUAUAGGUUA